GCGGCGGGCGCGGCGCGAUGUGCGAGCGGGCGGCGCGCCUGUGCAGGGCCGGCGCGCACAGGCUGCUCCGGGAGCCGCCGCCGCAGGGCCGAGCGCUGGGCGGGCUGCUGCGCUGGGUGGGCGCCAGGAUGGGCGAGCCCCGGGCGCCGCUGGCCCCCGCGGACCCCGCGGACCCAGGCCCCGGCCCCGCCUCGCCGCGCGGGGGCACCGCCGUCAUCCUGGACAUUUUCCGCCGCGCCGACAAAAAUGAUGAUGGGAAGCUGUCCUUGGAGGAAUUCCAGCUCUUCUUUGCAGAUGGCGUCCUCAAUGAGAAAGAACUCGAGGAUCUCUUUCACACGAUUGAUUCUGACAACACCAACCACGUGGACACCAAGGAGCUAUGUGAUUAUUUCGUGGACCACAUGGGUGACUAUGAGGACGUCCUGGCCUCCCUGGAGACCUUGAAUCACUCUGUCCUGAAGGCCAUGGGCUACACCAAGAAGGUAUAUGAGGGCGGGAACAAUGUGGACCAGUUUGUGACCCGCUUCCUCCUGAAGGAGACGGCCAAUCAGAUCCAGUCGCUGCUCAGCUCCGUGGAGAGUGCGGUGGAGGCCAUCGAGGAACAGACCAGCCAGAUCCGACAGAACCACAGCAAACCCAGCCACGGUGUGGCGCAGACCUGGUGUGGAAGCCCCACUCCCCGCUCUGCCCCCAGCCACAAGCUCAUGGCCACGGAACAAGGCAAGAGUCUUCCAUCUGCCCCUGAGGAUGCAAAGGAAGAGGGCCUGGAAGCCCAGAUCAGCCGCUUGGCAGAGCUGAUUGGGAGGCUGGAGAGCAAGGCACUGUGGUUUGACCUGCAGCAGCGCCUCUCAGACGAAGACGGAACCAACAUGCUGGUCCGGCAGGAGAUGGCCGUGUGCCCCGAGCAACUGAGCGAGUUCCUGGAUUCCCUGCGCCAGUAUCUGCGGGACACCGCGGGAGAGAGGAGCUGCUUCCACAUCGCUGCCGUGAGGCUCUCAGACGGCUUCACCUUUGUUGUCUAUGAGUUCUGGGAGACGGAGGAAGAGUGGAAGAGGCACCUGCAGAGCCCCGUGUGCAAGGCAUUCCGGCACGUCAAGGUGGACACGCUGAGCCAGCCCGAGGCCCUCUCCAGGAUCUCAGUGCCAGGUAGGAGGCGAAGGUCUAGAACCAGUGGCCACCUGCAUAGAGAGAACAGGGAACAGCACCAGAUGCUGCCCCUGCAGGCCAGAGCCUUCCCUGCUUGCUGCUGGGAGGAACUGUGGCCCAAUGCUAGGUGUGCAGAGAGGGUCCUGCGGGACAGUAGAGUGACCAGGUCACAGCCAGCUCUGAGGCGGCCCCAGCCUGCAGCAGGGGUGGAUGCCAGAGCUUGCACUGGAACACCCCGCCCUCCACGUCUAGCCAGACUGAAUGUUCCUUCCCAGGAGUGUGGUUCACACCCGGGUGACCAGUGAGCACCCAUGUAUCACACAACGGCCUAAAGCCUCCCACUAUGGACGGCCAGGGCUCUGAGUUGCCAGCCGUAUGAAGGGCUUUUCUGCUUGCAGCUGCCAGGGAAGCAGAUGUUUCCCAGGGCGCUGGUGAGGGGAGAUCUACCACCACAUGCCCUUCCAGAUGCCCACCACCCGCUAGGAGGCUGCCCCAUGCUCAGUGCUCUAUCUA